GCUGUGGUGAUGCCAAUGCAGGUUAUAAUCCGGUCUUUGUCAGCUGUCACUCUCAAUCAGCAGGUUGUUUCACUUUUACGAAUUCGUGGUCUUUAAUCAACUCGUCAAAUAGUAUGACAUUUCUUCAUGAACUUCGAGAGGAACAGCAAGCUGACGGUUCAUACCAUUCUCCAACCACAGGGGAACACAUCAGCUGAGUGAAGAGGAUCUACAUCCAUUUCUGUUCUGCGAGCUCGCUGCCCCCCCCCCCCCACUGCAAAAGCCUGGCGUGGGGGCUGGAGGGCGUUGUAGGAAGAGGAAAGAGCCGUUAUUCGAGGACCAGCUGAUCGGGGCACAGGCAAAGAGUCGGGGGGUGGAGGUGAACACCCUCCCCAAGGGGAUGGCUUUUGACUUUGGUUUGUAGGAAAGACAUGGUUCCUUCCGCAAAUGGAAGCCAUGUGAAGAAAGAAGCUUCAUAGGAUGACGUGACAGCACUGGGGAGGAAUUUAAAGAGGAACAAGAAGCCAAAAGGGAUCUGCCCAGUGAGCUACCCGGUGACCAGCAUUGAGUCGUCACCAAGAGAGAUGUCCUGGUUGUCUCCUGUGUCCUGGGCCAAAUGGACCUGGACGGCGGUGCGAGGGGGCGAGGAAGGAGAGGAAGAGGAGGGGUGUGAGAGGGUGCAAAGGGAAGAGGAUGAUGAUGAUGAAGAGCGAUCUCAAGGCUGCAGCUCUGACUCCGAUGGUCAUUUCGACACCCCUGAAGCAGCCACCCCUGUCCGCGGGCCACCAACCGUCCAGGGCGAGCUGGAGAGUGGCAACAAAACAGAUGUGGAGCAGGAUGAGCAGCUGAUGGUUACAGCACCAGCUGGGGACGACGGACAUUUGCUCUUCCACAACAUGGGUCAAGAUGAAGACCCGCUGGAGAUGAACACCAGCCACCUAGGAGCACAAAAUGGCAGCCCGUCAGCCCCCGUAGACUCUGAGCCCAUCUUUGAUUCAUUCUCAGAGACUCUUGUUCCCGGAGUGGAGAAAUGUCCAGUUCUCUGGACAGAUGUACCCUGCGACCAGACACUGGUUCCAGAAGUCAGAAAAUGCACAAUUCCAUUACCAGAACCACCCUGUGACCCAAUUCCUCUUAUGGAUUUUGCUCCAGCUUCUCAUACUGGUCCCGCGAUAGACUCGGUCCAAAUCAGUGAAGCUGAACUCCACCCUGCCGCCAAUCUCCCAGAAGGGAAACCUCUUCACAACAAUGUUGACAUCAAGCAAUCACUUGAGUCCAGCUCAAAAACUACAACACGCAAAUCGAAACCUCCAUCCUUGGAGAUCAAGGACACACCUAAGGAGGAAGUGCAAUCAAAUGAGGAACAAGAUCUUGUCCCCAAAGCCUCUUACAAUUUCGACCCCGACCGUUUGGAUGACAGCUUUAAUCCUUUCACCAGUGGAGGAUCCAAAAUCCAGAACUCUCCGCCACCAUGCGGAACAAGAACUUUCCCCAGACUGGAGCCCCUCGGUAGCUCCCUGCCGGUAGAAGAAGACGGCGCAGCAGCAGAAUCAGCAUCGGAGUCAACGUCCAAGGCAAAAUCUGUGAUGCUGGAGUUGGAUGUGGAUGAGAGGGCAGUCAGCAAGCCGCCUCCAAAGAAGUUAGGACAGAGAAAGACAACCAGCAAAGUCAAGAAGCAAGUGAAGCCCAAAGCGCCAGAGACAUCCUGCCAACCUGCACCAGAACCUACAAUAUCGGAAGCACUUUCUGAAAGUCAUCUCUCAGUUUCAGACUCAAGCGUGCCUCUAAACCUGGAUGACGUUCCCAUUCCUAGGAAGGGAACGUACAACUUUGACCCCAGUCAGUGGGAUGACCCCAACUUCAACCCAUUUGGGAGCAACAGCAAGGUGAGCGCUUCUCCGGUGCUCCCCAAAGGCUCCUACACCUUCGACCCAGACACUUUUGAGGACUCUGCGGACCCUUUCAAGCCCUCUAAAACCCUGAACGACGAGGACGUGUCCCGUUGCUCCCCCGUGCCAGAGAAGAACGUGAAAGACGGAAGCCAACAGAAAGCAGAGCGCCCACAAGGAGAGAAGAAGGUUGGGCAGAUGACCAAGAAAAGCAAAGCGAGGACGGACAAGAACCCGUGUAAAGCUGAGGAACUUGAUGACAGCCAGUCACCGAUGCAGGAUAUGUGCCAACAGGAAGAGGAGGUGGUGGUUCAGACCCCUGAGAUCUCGCAGCGAGUUCACCACGCCACCGAUGAGGAGAAGCUGGCGUCCACUGGCAUCGUGGGUCCAACCACAGACGGCCAUGAGCAGAAAGAAGAGUCUGAAUGCACACCACUGGCGGUAGCCACUGCGGAUUCAACUCUAUUGAACUCUUGGUUUCCCAACAAAGAUCCUGAGACCAAGAUGGUGGCCCACGAAGACCUGAAGACUACUUUGAAAGAUGAUACCUGCGAGGAGACAUCCGUGUGCGGCAGAGCUACCGAUACAGAGGUGCCGUCUCAGGACAAAUUUCCUCUGAGUGAAAUGGACAAGGCUGCUGUGCUCACGCUCAUCAGAGAGGAGAUCAUCACAAAAGAGAUUGAGGUCGGUGAGUGGAAGAGGAAGUAUGAGGAGAGCAGAGCUGAGGUUCUGGAGAUGAGGACAAUUGUUGCCGAGUAUGAAAAGACGGUUGCACAGAUGAUUGAGGAUGAACAGCAGCAGAAGACGCUGUCGUCCACCAAGUCGGUCAGGCAGAUGACUCUGGAAAGGGACCAGGCCCUGGCUGACCUCAACUCUGUGGAGCGCUCCUUCGCUGACCUCUUCAGGAGGUAUGAAAACAUGAAGGGGGUCCUGGACGGCUUCAAGAAGAAUGAGGAAGUGCUGAAGAAGUGUGCACAAGAUUACUUGACACGCAUCAAGCAGGAGGAGCAGCGUUACCAAACCCUCAAAGUUCAUGCGGAGGAGAAGCUGGAUAGGGCCAAUGAGGAGAUAGCGCAGGUACGUGCCAAGGCCAACGCGGAGGGCGUUGCACUCAAUGCCAGCCUGAGGAAGGAACAGAUGAAGGUGGACUCGCUUGAAAGAGCCGUCCUUCAGAAGAACCAGGAGAUCGAGGAACUCACCAAGAUCUGCGAUGAGCUUAUUGCCAAACUGGGAACUGAAUAAGCCACAAGACCCCUCAGGACCCCGCAGGAUCCCGCAGGACCCUCAAGACCAAAAGAGACCGGCACCAUGCCGUAUUUGCUGUAUUUUACUUAAACAUCUGUUUGGCUUACCUCAUAAAUAUUGAUUCGGAGCAGUGAUCAAUAUUAAACGAUUAUGAUAUUUGUAAGAGCUGAAGAUGUAUUGGAUUGGAUGAAGGAUAUCGCCGUAAUGUACAUUGGUUUACUUCUUUCCUCCGCCCUUUUUUACAUUCAGCACUAUGUACUGCUGAGUUGUUGUCACAGAAUGGGAGUUAUGAAGUUAUGAAAUGAUAGCACCAAAAUGUGUUGGAUCAUUUCAUCCGAGGACUUACAGGAAGAGGAUUGAACCUCCACGUCCAGUUAAACGCUUCAAUGUAUCAUGGUUGUCCGACGGCGAUGCUGUGUUGGCCAAUGUUGUCGCUCCCGUGUAAAGAUGUUCCAUCUUUUAUCCGAGUCCAGUCCAAAUGUGCCUUCAUGUUGUCUAGUUUGUACAAAUAGAGGAACAACUGUACGUCCUCCAUGCAGUUGUCUCGUGUCAAGUGAACGUCUCGCACACCCAUCCCAUGAUGUGAUUGCACAAGGGGGACUUGAACAUGUUCUAGCAUUGAUGAUUGAUGGCAUUCUUGGGUCUGAUUCAACCCGAGGGAACAUGCAGAGGGAACAUGCAGGGGCAACAUGCAGGGGCAACAAACGUCUGUCAUAGAAGCACAAAUCCAUUGCCAAAAUGAUGCUAUUUCUUGCAAUGGAAGGGGCAAAUCCAUGUUACAGUGCAACCUGUACGUUUUAUAUUCUUAAAAAAAGACAUUUAUGCUUUAUUUUGCUCAUAAUAUUUGUAAAUGGAAAUACAGUACCGCUAUACUCAGAUUGGAUGUCGACUGCUAUAUUUUGUGCAUUUCCGAAUAAAGAGUUAUUGUUUUA